UCUCGGAGUUCGGAGUAUGUUCGUAUGUUGCCGCCCGUGAACGGGAACAAACAACGAACAUGUUCAAGCACGUUACCACGCAGUCUUUGUUUGGAUUCAAUUUUUAUGUGGUGAUCAAAUACAUAUAAGCCCGUGAUCAAAUAUUUGAUUAAGGACUCAUAGAACUCAACCAUCAAUUUAUUGGCGUUUUCGAAUGUAGCAGGUUUAAUCGCUCUGAGAGCGAUUAAUGACGUCAUUGCAUCGUCUCUGCCAAUAAAAAACUUGAAUUCAUAGUAAAAUAUUCUGAUUAAUUGAUCCGGGUUGGAUUAACCCGUUCAUUCGAAAACGCUAUAUGAUUUAUGACAGUAAGAUUGAACUUUGUUCAAUCGAUGCCAAUUCAAAGCGUAGAAUAGAAUACACUCUCGUUCUCACACUCGUAAUGGCGAUCCCGAGUUGACAUUACUCUCAAUUCGUGCAAUAAGUAUCGCCUGCAAAAGUGGCCGAAGCAUGGACAUUGCGGAGAAUGGCGUAGGCGCGUUGGAUCCGCGUAUACAGAUCGAGUUGGAAAAUUUGAACAAUGCGACGGAUGAUAUAAAUAAAUUGGAAACUGAAUUGGAUGAAGCUCACACUGCUUUUAGACAGCUUCUUUCUGAUACGACAAGGAGGCUGAAAGAAAUUACUGAUAAACUUGGUACUAGUUGUAUUGAAAAGGCAAGAUGUUACUACGAAGCACUGGAGAUGGCUCGUCAAGCUCAGAUCCAAUGUCAACAACAAGCACAGCUGUUUCAAAGAGCCAGCGAAAUUCACGCAGCUGCGAAAGAGACAGUUGCUCUGGCCGAAGUACGAUUCAUAUCUCAUCAGCAUGAAUGGAAUUUCGAUCAGGCAUGGCAGGAUAUGCUCAAUCAUGCCACUAUGAAGGUCAUGGAUGCUGAAAAUCAAAAAGCUGAGUGCGGCCGAGAACAUCAUAGAAGAGCGAUGCUGUUUCACGACGCUGAGAAGAAACUACUGCAAUUGGAAGAAAAGCAUCGACGAGCGAUAAUAAAAGCACGACCGUAUUUUGAAGUAAAAGCUCAAUGCGAUCAGAUGCUAGCAACGCAGAAAGAAAGAGUGGAAUAUCUGCAGCAAACCGUUAAAGAAGUUAAACGUAAUUAUGCUACGAGUCUUCGAACGUUGGAGAACAUUAGUAAUCAGAUACAUCAGCAACGAAGGGAUUAUGACAUCGUAGCUAAUGGACCGCGAGAACCUGGUGUCGGUGCUGAACUAACAGGUUCAGGUACAUGUCAAAAGCAUGAGAACGAGUUCAACAGUUUCAACAGUCGCAAAAUAUCCCCAAUUAGAUUUAACCAAAUUGAAAACAAUGAAAAACCAGACAAUAUCAAAGAAUUCUGCUCGACAAAGGAGAACACGGAACAUAUUGACAGGAGAUCCGUGGACGGCAGCGAGAGCAACUUCACGCAAUGGGAGUUAGAAUUGCAAGCUAGUAUGAAGAAAUUAAAUCGUUUAUCAGUCGGAAACUCUUUGCUUAUCCGGAAACGGGAUGCGCAAAGCUUUUCGGAUCUACGGAACGCCGUUGAUGUCGGCAUCGCGAACAAUUUCUUAUCCGCCGAAAUAUGGCAGAGUUUAAAUCAAUUUCCAAGAUCGAUCAAAGAUCCAGAAACUUUCGAGAAAAAUAAAUUUGUCGUUGGCAAAUCUCUGCAUUUGCAAAGAUCGUGCUCCAUGAUUAAUUCGACGAUAACGUUACAAGAUACAUCGACGGUCGCGUCAAUGAGCAAUACUUCAAAAUCGCUAAACAGCAGUCCAGUGAAUAGAAGUACAUCGAAUUUCGAGAAUAGAAGUAUUACCAAGAAAGUGGAAAGCGCAGAUAUAUUGAAAUAUGUGCCAAAUAGAAUCUGUCAAUUCCACUUUAAGACCAAAAAAGCACAGAGCAGCUGGAACAUCAAUGAUUAUUCUAAUAACUUUGAUGUCGAUGUUACAAGUGAAGAACAAAAAAGAAAUAAAUAUAGUAAUAUGAAUGAUAGUUUAGUCAGUACAAAUCAUGUACAAUCUAUGAAUUUAUCUAUCAUGACAGAUUCUUUCAAUAUCAAGUUCCUGCCUAAUUUAUCAGGACACCGUCCUUCCGAUUCAGAGAAUCGUUCUAUAACAUUUCCCGGCAUUAGCCAGCACCUUACGAGCUCACAAAACGAUAUCACACGGUUGCAAACACAAUUUAAUUCUAAUAAUAUUUUACAAAAGAAUACAUCGUGCAGUGCCAAUUCCAGUCCGGUGAAAAAUCUAUUAAUAUCGUCCGCCAAAUUCUCGGAUAGCGAGAAUGUGGGACGGCUCGACGAAAGAUCUAUUCCCAAACAGGUUGCUAGUAAAACUAAAAGUAUUAAAGAGUUACCGUUAUUAUCGCUUUUCGGGCCAACAUCCAUGUUGUCGACGAUCAAAGGCAGAAGUUGUAGCAUGAUAGAUUUAGAUAAUAAACAAAAUCUAAAGUCGCUUCUUGAUAAUUCUCGUCUAGGCAAUAUACAAGCGAUCAGCGCGGAAAGAUUGGCGAAUGUGAGAGACAAGUUGGUAAACAAUUAUCCGGAGACGAAGAAGACAGACGAUAUUAAGAAAUAAGUACAAUACGAUAAGAUAUAUUACUUGUGAUAAGCAAUUUCUGCAUUUAACAUGUAAGUAGAGAAUUAUUAAUUAUUCGUUUAGAAUUCAUGCGUUUUAUGUACAUACAAUAAAACAUUGCGAAAGCGGGAGCGCCGCAAUUUAAAUGACGCAUUCUUACAUUUUCGAGACGUUACGAAAAUCGUUUUCCAGCUUUGCUGCCAAUUAUAAUAACAGUCAAUUUUUAAGUAUACGCUGCUAUGUUAAUUUAUAUAAUAUAUGUGUCGCGAAUAAAUCGUCUCAUGAAUUUUAGCUAUUAAUAUUUUAUUUAUAUCAAAAAUAAACUUAAAUAUGAUUGAAGAAGUAGUUAUUGAAGAGAGAUCAGACAAUACAAAUUAAUAAAAUAUACAAAUUUACGCGAUCAUUUGCAAUUAGGCAUACACAUAUACUGUUAAAAACGACCAGAUAUAUCAAUGUAUGGAUAUCGUAUCGUUUACUAUUUUUCAAUUUUUUAAUAUGUGCUUUUUUUAAUAAAACACAUUUCUUAAC